UUCCCAGGUUAAUGUUACCCAACGUGCAUGCAGAGACCUGACGCUGAGUGUGGAGAAGCAGACCUCAGAGCAGAAUGUUGUGUAACAGGAUUUCAAUGGAGGAACGUGAGGCUGGUGGCUCAGGUGUGGAACAGGAGGAGCAACGCGGAUGAAACCGAGGAGGAGGAAGGAGGAGGAGGAGAAAAGUUGUGAGCGCAGCGCCUAGAGCGCACAGACGCGCUGCCGGAGGAGGGCGAAGCAAAGCACGCGUGGAUCAUGUCUCUGGCCGGGAGGGUGGCGCUGGUGACCGGGGGAGCUCAGGGCAUCGGGAGGGCUGUGGUCCAGUCUCUGAUUGAGAGCUCAGCAAAGGUGGCCGUGGUGGACCUGAAUAACGCCCUGGGGGAGCAAUGCAGAGAUCAGCUGGAUGCUGAGUUCGGAGAAGGACAGAGCACCUUCAUCCAGUGUGACGUGACGGACGGAGAUGCUCUGCAAGACGCCUUCCAGAGGACUGUGGACAAGUUUGGACGCCUGGACAUCGUCAUCAACAAUGCUGGCAUCAACAACGAGAAGAACUGGGAGAAGACCAUCCAGGUGAACUUGACCUCGGUGAUAAAGGGGACCUACUUGGCUUUGGAGCACAUGAGCAAAGAGUACGGCAAAGAAGGGGGCACCAUCAUCAACGUGUCCUCUAUGGCAGCCUUCCUACAUUCCCCUCAUCAGCCCGUCUACACAGCCACCAAACACGGGGUGAUCGGCUUCACGCGGGCGAUGGCGGACGCCUCACUGCAGGGCAGCUACGGUGUCCGCAUCAACGCCCUGUGUCCGGCCUUCGUUGACACCCCUCUGCUGCACACGGUGGAAUAUGAGGACAACAUGGGCAAAUUCGUCAAGUUCAAGGACGACUUCAAGCGCACCAUGAGCAAGUUUGGAGUUUUACAGCCGUCGCUAAUCGCUGAAGGGAUGAUGAGGCUGAUCACAGACAGCAGCCUGAACGGAGCCGUGAUGAAGAUCACCUGCUCAAAGGGAAUCCACUUCCACACAUACGAACCCAUGUCUGCCUGAACGCCGACCGGCAGGAACUGUAACCCAUUCAGGACGGAGUCCCAUCCAAAGACUUUUCGCUGAGACCAAAGUGUGUCUGUAAAGUUCAACUCCUCCAGAUGGACUUCGUUUCUGUCCGACUCAAAGCUUUUCUUGUUUCAGAUGAUUGUUUUUAUAAAGAUGCAAUUUAUAAGAACUUCCCUUAAGCUAAAAACUGUGCAGAAGGAUGUUUUUUUCACUCAGAAACCAAAAGGACUGAAUCAACUGUCGGAACGCGACUAGAAGUGGUGUCAGAACAGGCUUUAUUUUCUUUUAACUCUCAGGUUUCCGAAUUACUAAAUGAUUGCUUCCAGGUUCUUAAUCUGUUCAAAUAUAACCUCAGGUAAUGAAAAACAACAGAACUAACUCUUCAGCAGCUUUACUUUAACCAAACUGGGGCCUGGACUUUGACUAGGCCACUAAAAAACUUGAACAUUUUCCCUUUUUGAUUUUUUUGUUGUGGAUCUGUGUUUAGGAUGUUGGUUCUGUUAAUGACCCAGUUUGGUCCGAGCCCCAGUCUGACUCUAGAUUAGUAUAAUUAAUCAAUGUGGUCGUGGUCCACCUAAUGACUGCAGGACAGCAGGACAGCCCAAUUUACGGCAUAAAACAUCAUUAAAACAUCGCUUAGUGCAGCCUCUAUAUUGACUGUUAUGGGUAAUUCUGGCUGAGGCGUUAACUCCCACCUCCCACGCUGAGAUUCAUCCGGUCAGUUUUAGGCUGGAGCGUCCUAGCUGUAAUACAGAUGUAUGGAGUGAAUUUUGUUCCACUAUUGUUGCAAAGAACAUGUUUUAUGAAUGGAAAUUUAAAAAAA